AUGGUGCCACAGGAGCCACAAAGGAGAUCCGCUAAGCUGAGGGGAAAGACCUGGUCACGGGAGAGGUCUUGCAUUCUCGCAGCGGUUCUUGUGGGCUUCAUGUGCUUCACAAGGUUAGAGGCAUGGUGCAAUUUCGCAGGUCGAGGCACCUCUUCAAGAACUUCCAGGGUUACAUCGAGAGGCUUGACGCUGUACGCCAAGCUUGAUGACUUGGACGGUGUCGUGCUGGUCCCAAUGGAGGAAGACGAUGCCACCAUAGAAGACAUGAAGCCACCACCCCUUCCCGACUUGAAGGUGAAGGAGGAGAACAAGGAGACACCACAGUAUCCUGCUCUUGAUGGAUUCACCGUUCCGAAGCCCAGGAUUGCCAAAACACCGGCUGGAGAGGACUUGGAAGAUGGCAAGAAGUCGCUGACUGGUGAGACCAUUGCCACCCCCGGUUUGGAGCUCAUGGCUGGCAAGUCCGCCAAGCCUCGAAACAAGAGGUGGUUGAAAGGCAGGGGAACAGCGAAGAGGAGAAAAUUGGAGGAGAAUGCAAAACUUGAGAAAUGGCUGGCUGACAAUGGCGUGUGGGUUUCAGAAGCAGCAGAUUGGGGUCGCCCCGCUGCCAGUGUGUCCAUGGCUGUAGAAACACGUGAGCAAACAGAGAAUGAGGUUUCAGGACGUGGACUGGUUGCCCGCCGUGAUAUCGACAACUACGAGGAUUUGGCACAAGUUCCGUACAAGCUCCUUUUCACCAAGGACACUUCGAGAGAAGUCUUUGGUGAGGAAUGCAUCACGAAGGACAUGAGUGAGUACGCAGCUAUUGCUCUGCAGCUCAUUCACGAGAGAUUUGUGGAAAAGGAGAAUUCCUUUUGGGCUCCUUACAUUGGUGUGCUCCCUUCAGUUGAUGAGGUUGGCGCAUCCUUUGCCUGGGACAAGGAGGAACUGGACACACUACUUGCUGGCAGUCCUUUGCGCAAUAUGUCAUACUUCCUCCAGGAUCAGGUCAACCAGGAGUUCAGCGAUAUCCAGGAGGGUAUCAUGGGAAAAUUCCCAGAGAAGUUUCCAGCAGAUGCUUUCACGUUGGAAAACUAUGUUUGGGCCUAUUCGGUCCUCUUCAGCCGAGCAGUACGUCUUGAUUUUCCGGACCAGGAUGACUUCGAGGAUGAUAUUGUGGCGCUGGUCCCAUACAUUGAUCUCAUCAACCACAACCCAAACUCCGAGUCCAGAAUCCGUGGAGUCUCAGAGGGCCCCAACAUUCCGGGCAUCUCGAAGCCCGAGCGUUCUGUGGUGGUGAGAUCAGACAGGUCAGGAUGGUCAGGAUCACUGACCAAAUCUGGUUGGUGGUUUGGAACAAAAACAUAUUUUCCAUAUUUUUCCAUAAUAUAUUGGGGAAUCAUCCUCCCAACUGACUUUCAUAUUUUUCAGAGGGGUUGAAACUGUUCGCGACAGGUUCACCCGGGUAAUAUUAUCGGGGGUACUAGCAC